AUGGCUGGCCAGGUAUGUGUGGUAACCGGGGGUCGCGGUUUCGUGGGUCGCUGGCUGGUUCGCAAGCUGUUAGCGACGGGCGAAUGGAGCACGGUGCGAGUGGUCGACAUGGCGCCCGAGCUCAGGCUUACGGACGACGAGGCCAACGGCGAGGGCGAGGCGGGGCUCGUGCGGGACUCGGCGCGCAGCGGACAGCUCGAGUACAUCUCCGGGAAUGUCUGCGAUCGGACGGCCAUGGUUAACGCUUUCCAGGGCGCGUCGGCGGUGUUUCACAUGGCGUCGCCCAACCACGCCCUCACGGACCUCGCUCCGCACUACACUGUCAACGUGCUCGGCACGAAGAACGUGAUUGCGGCGUGCCAGGAGGCCGGCGUGCGUCGUCUCAUCUUCACCAGCUCCGCUAGCGUGGUGUUCGACGGGCGGCAUGACAUCAAGAACGGGGAUGAGUCUCUGCCGUAUGCUGGCAAGGCUACUAACGCGUAUGGAGAGACCAAGGCGCAGGCAGAGGCUAUAGCCCUAGCGGCAAACGGACAAGGAGGGCUGCUGACAUGCGCCCUGCGCCCCAGCAACAUCUUUGGACCAGGGGACCCUGACCUCGUGCCCAUCACCAUCAAGAACGCUCAAAAGGGCAAGCUCAAGUUUAUAGUGGGCGAUGGGGAGAACAUGUCUGAUUUGACAUACGUUGAGAACGUGGUGCAUGCUCAUAUCUGUGCGGAGAAGGCUCUUAGCGAGUACAAGGGCGACCCCACCAGUGACGACUCGCCAGCUGGCAAGGCAUAUUUCAUCACUAAUGCCGAUCCAAGGCGAUUCUGGGACUUCAUCUUCGCAAUUGCCGGAGGCUUUGGCUACAGCAGCAAGCCCAUCGCCAAGCUCCCAGCAGACAUCCUAAUUCCAGUGGCGGGGGGAGUAGAGGCCAUUACAAAGGCCCUGGCACCCCUCGGCGUGCCCCCUUCUGAUUUCACUCCUGCUCGCCUGCUCCUUGCCACCCGCUGGAGAACGUUUUCGCCUGCCCGGGCAGGCAGACUGCUGGGCUACAAGCCGAUCGUGUCCGUUGAUGAAGGGCUCCAACGCACUAUAGCAUCGUACCCGCACCUGCAGCGCACCACCUACGAGAAGGAGAAAGCAGCAGAGGCAGCGGCAGCGCGGGCAGCCUUCCGAGAGCGCUCGUCCGUGCACAGGGCGCUGGGAGGAGGGAUGAUAGCGGACAUUCUGAUGUGGCAGGACGUGAAGUUGUCUCUUCUUGCGAUGCUGCUCGCGUGGAUGGUGCUGCGCUGGGCGAUUGGGCGGGUGGGAGGGACUCCUGUCCUCUCCCUUGCCGCGACUGCUGCCAUGGGUUUCCUUCUGCAUGCUGCCGUGCUGCACCGCAUUGCACCCAUUGCAAAGAGGUUUCGCCUGCCCCUGCCUGACAUGGCGGCUGUUGAGUGGCGCAUUCCCGAGAAGCCAGUGGUGGAGGCCAGCCAAUGGGUGGCUGCCACGUGGAACGGCUCUGUGGCCGCCCUGCAGGAGAAGCUGCUAGUCGAGAGGGACUGGUCCGCUGCUGGCAAGGUGUUGGCCGCACUGACUGCGCUUCAACUCCUCGCCUCUUUCAUCACCGUUCACACGCUUUCCUUCCUGGCCCUGCUCGCAGUGUUUGUCAUUCCCUCGGUGAUUGACAAGAGACAAGGAAGCAACGCAGCUCCUUCCACCAGUCAAGGCAACCAAGCGUCAAACUCGGGUGUAGCCACAUCAUAG